CAGCUUUGCGGAAGAACUUUUGGAUCGAAUCGGCGUCUUCCCCUUCGGAAACCUUAAUCUCGAGGAAUCAUAAGUUUUUUUCCUCAGGGUCAAGGGCAUUUUCGUCAUUGUGCUUUAAAUUUCCAUGCUUUGUCGAUAGAAUUCGGCAAAUAUCGUUGAGGAUCCAGAAUGAAGUGGAAACCAGGGCCUAAAUAGAGCAUCAAGAUCCCCCCCGUUGCUCACCGGAGGAGAUUCGGAUCGAUAGUGAUUGGAGAUUCUCACCGGAAGAUAGUCCGAUUCACUUCGGACAUCUACUCCUACUGACCUAACGGUCACACAGCUGAGUUUCCGGUGGCAAAUUCUUCCCUCCUUUCGUUCCUCGCGCAUUUCAUUUGUAUCCUUUGAUUUCCGGCGGUUUCCCAAUCGAGUCCGAAUUCCGGGUCUCAGAGACUAUCUCUUUUGUUAAUCUUGGAGAAUCAAGGAAAAUGAUCAUCGAGGCGCUCGUCCAUCGAUCGACGGAUCGAAUCGACUGAUCUCUUUGGGUUGUACAGUUCCUGGAGAAAAGGGAAGGACUUUUUUGUUCAAUUGAAUUGGGAAGGAUGAGCACGCAGAGGCAGGUGGUAACCGCGCGUGACCUGGUAGAGGAAGCCAAGAAGCGUAUUGUAAUUCUGGUGAUAUGCGCCGUCGGACUGUCCUACCUCAUGUCAUUGACAAGUUCAUCGGUUUGGGUCAACCUUCCUGCCGCAGCAUGCCUGAUCAUUCUCCUCCGUUAUUUCUCAUUGGAUAUAGAAAUGAAAAGAAAAGCUGCAGCUUACAACAGCAAAAUUUCAUCUGCAAAAGCAUCGUCUAUAAAUAAACCUCCGGAAAUCCCUAAAGCAGCCCCCCGGUCUGACUGGAGGAGUAAAGUGAAUUCUCGGGUUGUUGAGGAUGCAAUGGAUCGCUUCAGCCGUCACCUAAUUUCUGAAUGGGUGACGGAUCUCUGGUACUCCCGUAUCACACCGGAUAAGGAAGGUCCGGAAGAACUGGUGUUUAUCCUAAACAGUGUUCUCGGGGAAAUUUCAUGGCGGUUUAGAAAUGUGAAUCUUAUUGAUCUAUUGACAAGGGAUCUAAUUCGGAUCAUAUGUCACCAUUUGGAGCUCUUCCGCGAGUUUCAGGCAAAGAUUGAGAAACAGCAGAGUGGAAACCUCACUUUUGAAGACAGGGAUGUGGAACUAAAAUGUGUGAUGGCUGCUGAGGAUAAAUUGCAUCCUGCAUUAUUCUCCACUGAAUCUGAGCAUAAGGUUUUGCAACAUUUAACAAACAGUCUCAUUUCACUUACAUUUAGGCCUGAGGAUUUGCAGUGCACAUUCUUCCGCCAUACUGUGAGAGAGCUUCUUGCUUGCUGUGUGAUGCGGCCAGUCCUGAACCUAGCUAGCCCUCGGUUUAUAAAUGAGAGAAUUGAAGUUGCGGUCAUAUCGAAGAUAAAGGCCAAGGAGGGAAGUAGUCCUGCAGAUGUGUCUUCUCAAUCAGAUGAUAUCACGAAGAUUUCCCCUGAUCAUUUUUCUAGAUAUCUGGACCCUUCGAUCACAGGCGUGGAGCUUGUGCGAUUGAAAAAUGAAGAGUCGGACACUGCUGGAGGGGAAAAAAAGACAGAUUUAUCUAAAGAUCCAUUGCUUUCAAUUGACACCCGAUCCUCCCGUUCCUGGAGCUCUCUCCCAUUAAGCUCCAAAACAGUUGGUGAUAGUAAAGGCCUUCAAGGACACCAAGGAGGAGGGGAAUGGGGCGAUGUAUUAGACAUUAUGUCACGCAGGAAAACUGAAACACUCGCUUCCGAGCAUCUCGAGAGUGUGUGGGCAAAGGGGAGGAAUUAUAGAAGGAAGGAAGGUGAGAAGAAGAAAACUUUUGAGCAGGUGCCAUCGAGAUCAUCACCAGGGGAAAUUGUCGCAAGAAAAUACUCAAGUGAGGAUUGUUGGAGGGACAAAUACAUUCCUGAGCAAAAUGACUUUAAGGGUAAUGCUGCUAACUCAAGAGGCUCUAGUCAGCAUGAAGUUGUAAAUGCAGUCAGCCGAUUAUCUAAUUAUUCGUCAGGCGAAGAGGAGGAGGAGGAGGAGCAAGCUGAGAGUAGUCAUUCUUCUACAUCUGAGGAUGAAGAGACGGAUAACGUAAUGGGUCUCAACAGUCCAGGGACGAAAGUAUGGGAUGGUAGGACAAACAGAAACUUGGCUGUUUCUCGUAUUCACCAUCCACUUGAAAGUUCUGCACGACGUUUCAGAAAGAAAAGCAGUAAAGGACAUGAACAGUAUCAGCAAUUAACCAGGAAGCAAUCUGGCAGGAAGAGAUCCAGACGUCCUGGUCAAAAUGUGUCUGGACAUGCUACGGCCGAUGAUGUUACCGAUGAUUCUGAGAAUGAAUCUUCGCGUAGAUUAUAUAGUGGAAUGACUGCAUCUUCGUCUGGGUCCUCCUUUUCUUUGCCAGAAAGUGGUACACUCAAUGCCCUGAGGAGUUCUUUGAUGGUUGAUUCAUUUGCAAAGUUGAGAUGUGAGGUGCUGGGUGCUAAUAUUGUGGAGAGUAGCUCUAAGAUGUUUGCAGUGUACUCAAUUGCCGUUACAGAUGAAAGUAAUCAUAGCUGGUCCAUCAAAAGAAGAUUUCGGCAUUUUGAGGAGCUUCACCGACGUCUUAAAGAGUUCCCUGAGUACAAUCUUCAUUUACCCCCAAAACAUUUCCUAUCAUCAGGCUUGGACAUACCUGUUAUCCAAGAGCGAUGUGUAUUACUUGACGAUUAUCUGAAGAAGCUACUGCAGCUCCCAAGAGUCUCUGGGUCCCUUGAAGUUUGGGACUUCCUUAGUGUCGAUUCUCAGACUUAUGCAUUCUCAAGUUCUUUCUCUAUCAUUGAGACACUGACAGUUAAACCCAUCUGUAAGUCAUCUAACACAGCCAAGAAUGUGGCAAAUGUCUCUGAGGCAUCCCUUGGUUCUCUAACUUCUGGGAGAGGAAAUCCGAGCUCUGAGAACGGGCAAUCGACACCGAAAAUGAGGAAUAACCUCCUGGUGGAUGACCUGAAGUCGAAAAUGAAAGCUUCUGGCAAAGAUCACGUAAAGAUGCCUCCUGAUUCAGAAGAGAGAAAUAGCAGAGAGAGUGGUGGGUCGAAAGCAAGUUCUGGCCAUGUUGAUGCUGGGACUGGUUCUGGCCUGCCGACAGAGUGGGUACCUCCAAAGCUAACUUUACCCCUACUAGAUUUGGUGGAUGUUGUUUUCCAGCUUAAGGAGGGCGGAUGGAUUAGGCGGAAAGCUUUCUGGGUUGCCAAACAGAUACUUCAACUUGGGAUGGGUGAUGCGCUGGAUGAUUGGUUACUCGAGAAAAUCCGUCUUCUGCGCUGUGGAACUGUAGUUGCUUCUGGCAUACAGCGGGUUGAGCAGAUACUCUGGCCUGAUGGUAUAUUCAUAACAAAGCAUCCAAAAAGACAACAGCGUCCACAACAAUCAGAUGGUUCUGAAGUAUAUUCUCCUCAGUUAACCAGCGAGGAGCAGCAACGAGAAGCAGAUCGACGUGCAAAGUUGGUCUAUGAGCUGAUGAUUGAUAGAGCCCCUGCCACUGUAGUUAGUCUUGUGGGUCAUAAGGAGUAUGAACAAUGUGCAAAAGAUCUCUACUUUUUUCUCCAGUCAUCGGUUUGUCUGAAGCAGCUGGCUUUUGGCCUCCUAGAGCAGCUUCUAUUAGCUGCGUUUCCUGAGAUGGAUCAAGCUUUCAAACAGUUGCUCGAGGAAAAGCACAAAUUUGGUGAAUAUAAAGCAAACUGAUGCUGCACCGUUUCUCUCUCUUUUGCAGUUAUAUAUUUGCAUUGUUCUUUUUCUUGAGAGUACUAUUCUAUAUCCAUAAUACACGGUGGAGCAGUUUUCCGAUCCCCCCCUCAA